CCCCUCUCCUCCCACUCCCGUCUGAGCUCCUUGCCAUUGGGUUGGCCUGUCCCGGAGACCGGAAGCGGCUGCGGCACGGGAGCGAGUGCGCGAGGGAGGGAGGGGGAGUGCGCGAGCGCUCGGUGUGUGAAACUCGUGCGGUGGGUUGUGGGACUGAACUAGUCGGCAGGCUGGGUUUCUCGGGAAACGGGUCUCACGCAGAGCAGGAGGAGGAAGGAGCCGGACCGCACUUUGGAGCUGUAAUAUCGUCACCAUUCAGAACGUUUUUAAAAGUAAAAGUACACAGGAGACCCUUGCUCGGGAAUGGAGGAGGCUGCCUUUCUCGCCCAGUGAACCUGCGUGACCUCUGAUCCGGACUGCUAGGGGGAAACGGGCUCCUGCCCCCCGACAGAAAGGGGGUAGUUUCACAAGCGGUUUUUAAAGGACUCGGCUCGGGGCACUCGGGGGUGGGUUUUUCCUCGCUCGCCCACUUCCACCGGCUUUUCGUGCCGUCGUUCUCCUUUUUUGUGUGUGUGUGUGUGGUAGUAUUACACAAACACGAAGACCCGUUCAUUCUGGUAUCCCCGGUGUCUCGCACGCGUCUGGUCGCCGGCGGCUGCGCCCCCCAGUGCGACCAUGGAGGCACCGGCGGCGGACAGCUGCCGCCCCUCGGCCCCUCGCCCCCGCCUGCCCCGGGUACGGCUCCCGGCCGGAGCGGCUGCGGCGCUCGCCAUCGGCAUACUCUGCGCCAAAGUUCUGUGUGCCGAGGCAUCCUUCUACUUCACCAAGGAGCCCAAAUCCCAGGACGCGCUGCACGGGCGCAGCGCCAUGCUGCGCUGCGAGGUCAGCAGCCCCGCUGGGGUGCGCUACACCUGGCUGCACAACGGGGAGCCGGUCACGGACUCGGACCGGCGCUUCCAGGAGGGCAGCAACCUCAAGUUCACAGCCGUGGACCGCCGCCUGGACGCCGGCAACUUCCAGUGUGUGGCCGUCAGCACGGUGGGCGGCGAGGAGGCCCGCUCCACCAAUGCCUCUUUCAACAUCAAGUGGUUAGAGAGUGGGGGCGUGACCCUGAAGGAGCCCGCCUCCGAGGCGGAGAUCCAGAGCUCGGCCCCAGUGACGCUCUCCUGCCACAUCGACGGGCACCCGCGCCCUGCGUGCCAGUGGUUCAAAGAUGGCACAAAACUGACGGAGAAAAGCCACCAGGUCAAUAACAAGGAGCGCACGCUGACCAUCAAGAGUGCCACCCCCGACGACAACGGGGUCUACUACUGCUGCGCCAAGAACGCGGCCGGCCAGGUCUGCAGCAGUGAAAACUUCACUCUCAACAUUAUAGAUAAGAGCUUCCCGCAGCCAGUGGUCAGCCCAGAGGACCAGGUGGUCAACAAGAACGAGGAGGCCAUGUUUCACUGCCAGUUCGCCGCCGAGCCGCCCCCGCUACAGGAGUGGCUCCACGAGAACGAGCUCCUUGUCAACAAAUCACGGGUGGUCGUGUUCCCCAACGGUACCCUCCUGAUCACACAGGUGAAGCCCCGCAACACAGGGCUGUACAAGUGUGUGGCACAAGGUGUGCGAGGGAACCGCGUCACGCAGCAGGCAUCGCUCAGGCUGGCAGAACUGGAGGACAUGCUUCCGGCGAUGUCGAAGGUGUUCACGGCGGACACGAUGCAGCGCGUGCCCUGCCGCCCGCCCCGAGGGCACCCCGAGCCGGAGGUGUGGUGGGAGAGGGGCGGGCAGCGCGUCCCCGCCAGCGGGCGGUUCUACCAGGACGGCGUCGACCUCGUCUUCAGCCCCACCGAGGAGGGGGACGCGGGCGCCUACACCUGCGUGGCAGAGAACAAGGCGGGGCGGCGGACGCAGGAGCUCACGGUCACCGUCGCAACUGCCCCGGAGUGGGUGACGAAGCCCGUGGACAGCAACCUGGAGGAAGGGAAGCCUGGGUUCCUGCACUGCCACACUAGGGCCACACCUGAGCCCCAGGUCACCUGGUUCCGGAACAACAAUGAGAUCCACUUUGAGGAUGGCCGUUUCACACUGUUUCCAAAUGGGUCCCUGCGCAUUAAUAAUGUGGAGGUGUAUGAUGGGACAGUUUAUCGGUGUCAGGCCAGGACCGAGGCUGGGUUUAUCCUGGGUCAGGCUCGUGUGCACAUUCUGGAAAAACUGAAGUUCACCCCUCCUCCCCAGCCAGUGCAGUGCAUGGAGCUGGAUAAAGAGAUCAGUGUGCAGUGCUCAGCAAAGGGCCGAGAGCCCCCCACCAUCCAGUGGAUUAAAGCAGAUGGCAGCAGCAUCCCCUCCAGUGCGAAGCAGAGGAGCGGGACGCUCCACUUCCUCAAAGUAUCUCGCAGUGAUGCUGGCAACUACACCUGCAUUGCCUCCAACAGCCUGCAGGGGGAGAUCCGUGCUGUGGUGCAUCUCAAUGUGGCAGUGUUCAUACUCUUCAAGCUGGAGCCUGAGAAUACCACAGUGUACCAGGGUCACACCGCCUUACUGCACUGCCAGGCCACUGGAGACCCUGAGCCCUACAUACAGUGGAUGAUCAAGGACAAGAUCCUGGACUCCAGCAAAAGCAGAUUUCAGAAGAUGCCAAAUGGCUCCUUGAUCAUCAGGGAUGUGACCACAGAGGACACAGGGAAAUACACUUGCAUAGCUGGAAACAGCUGUAACAUCAGAUCAAGCGGAGCUCAGCUCUACGUUGUAGAAAAGCCCAUGACGAAGGUGGGGGAGGAGGAUGAGAAGGCCCCCUACAAGAUGAUCCAGACCAUCGGGCUGUCCGUGGGGGCGGCAGUGGCCUACAUCAUCAUUGUCCUGGGCCUGAUGUUCUACUGUAAGAAGCGCCGCAACGCCAAGCGGCUGCAGAAGAGUGCCGAGGGAGAGGAGCCCGAGAUGGAGUGUCUGAACGGCGGCGCUGUGCAACAGAACGGACAGACGACCGCAGAGAUCCAGGAGGAGGUCGCGCUGACGAACGUGGGCACCACCUCCUCGGCCAGCAAGAGGCACAGCUCCAGCGACAAGCUGCACUUCCCCCGCGGCAACCUGCAGCCCAUCACCACCCUGGGAAAGGGCGAGUUCGGGGAGGUGUUCCUGGCCAAGGCGAAGGGGCUGGAGGAGGAAGAGGCCGAGACCGUGGUCCUGGUGAAGAGCCUGCAGACCCGCGACGAGCAGCUGCAGCUGGACUUCCGCCGCGAGUUCGAGAUGUUCGGCAAGCUGAGCCACGCCAACGUGGUGCGCCUGCUGGGGCUGUGCCGGGAGGCCGAGCCGCACUACAUGAUCCUGGAAUACGUGGACCUGGGGGAUCUGAAACAGUUUCUGAAGAUUUCCAAGAGUAAAGAUGAGAAAAUCAAACCACAGCCGAUCAGCACUAAGCAGAAAGUGUCAAUCUGCGCUCAGGUGGCGCUGGGGAUGGAGCACCUGUCUAACCACCGGUUUGUCCACAAAGACCUGGCAGCCCGCAACUGCCUCAUCAGUGCCCAGCGGCAGGUCAAAGUGUCAGCGCUCAGCCUCAGCAAGGAUGUCUACAACAGUGAGUACUACCACUUCCGCCAGGCCUGGAUCCCGCUGCGCUGGCUGCCAGCAGAGUCCGUGUUUGAAGACGAUUUCUCCACCAAGUCGGACGUGUGGUCUUUUGGGGUGCUGAUGUGGGAGGUUUUCACACAUGGAGAGCUGCCUUAUAGCAAGCUCAGUGAUGAUGAGGUGCUGGCAGGUCUGCAGAGUGGGAAGAUGAAGCUGCCGGCGCCAGAGGGCUGCCCCUCCAAAGCCUACAAGUUGAUGGUGCGCUGCUGGGCCCCCAGCCUCAAGGACCGCCCCUCCUUCAGCGAGAUCUCCAACGCGCUGGCCGAGCUCCCCGCGGACAGCAAGGUCUGAGAGCGGCCCGCCCUGUCCCCCGCGGCGCGCGGAAGACACAGACUCCUGGCUGGAGACCCCAGGGGCUUCAGAGUCCUGCGCGAUAUUUCAGAUUUAUUUGUAAAAAAAAAAAAGACUUAUUUAGAUUGAGUUAAGAGAGGAGGGGGACGGUUGCCUUAAUCUCAGCGACUCUGUUGAGCCCUGUGCCUGAAAGGCCUUUUUAAAUCCGUGUGCAUCGGGGGUCCAUUCCCACAGCACAAGAGACUCCUGCCCCUCGAUGCACACGCCUCCGAGAGCUACCUCUGCAAACCACGCCACGGGCUCCCCCACACCUCCGCUUCGCACCGCAAGCAGGCCAAGGAGCAGCGCCCACACUUGGAGAGAGCGUGGAGCUGUACCGUCACCCAGGAGUAGACUUGUCUGGACUGACUUCUGUAGUUUACAACACGACGAGAGGCGAGUGCAGGAGAGCAAGGACGAGGACGCUCGCGAUGGGGCUGCUGUCUGUUACAGGAGUCUGGUCCUCUUCUUCUCCAAGUGAAGACAGAAAGGGAAACCAGACCAGAGAUGAAUAUGGAAAACUGGCAAGGGCUGGGGGCAGAGGUGUGCGUGUAGGGUGGGGGUAUUUUGUGUUGAUAAUCCUGCAGUGUUCUAAUAGGGAUCCUUCCUUCUAAAUGGGAUGUUUUAUGUGAACCUACCCCAGCCACCCCCCGCCUCCUCCAGUGUCAUUUCAUUUGCGAACACUGCUCUGUAUUCACCAUUUAUCUGCACCGCGGCUGUCUGCAGCUUGCCGCCUCGUUCUCUCGUCUCGUCUUCGCCAGAGGACCAGCCCGCCUGUACAGACACACAUCCUGUACAUAGUGUAGAAACCGUGCGCUAACCACACUAAAGUGUUUCGCUUUUGUAUUCUAGAAGGAUAUGCGGGAACCUGUUUAUUUAUUCCUAAGGUUCUUUUUUUAUCUUUUUUUUCACAGCGGUACUUUUUAAAUUUUUUUUAUACGGUUGUGUAUGUAUUAGGCAUUUUAAUAAUACAUAUCAGUGUACAAACUAUAUCUUAAGAUAUUAUCCAGUUUUUAAAAGACAGUGGAGGGAGGAUGAUGUGUCUGUAGCUCAUACAUGUCAUUACAUAAGACUUAAAAAGUGCCUGAUAUAUGAAGGAUUUUUGGCAGAUUUUUCAGUAUCUUAUAAAAUGCAAAGGUCUCCUUUUGUAACGUUUUGGAUUUUUUUAUAUGUUAAGGUUUUUGUUUGGUUUUCUGUUAUAAUGUGCAAAAUAUUGACAUACGUAGCAGUUAUUUUAUCUCAAUGCUAGGCCCUUACACCUAGUUCUCCUUUAAUCUGCUUGUGCAAAUGAUUCCAGUAGCCAUGAUUUAUACUUGCUGCUCUCAAUAAAGAAUCACUUUUUUAACUGUU